AAGUAGAGCUUAAGAAAGACAUUAAAUGAAAACUAUAGCGGACAUGAUCAGUUAAGCUGUUUUUGAGUUAUCGCAAAAAGUUUUCCCUUCAUAGUAAAAAGACUUACUUUAAUUAGGUACUGAUUAUGCAAAUUUGUCUAUUUGUUUAACUCGGGUGAAAGGUACCGUUUCAUCCCUUGGUUAACAAUUUACUAUACUUUAAGCUCCAGUUUAGCUUAUUGUGACGGAAGAGUAACUACGGAACCCUACACUGAGCGUGGCCCGACAUGCUCUUGGCCGGUUUUUUAAUAUAGUCUUUUUGUUUGUGAAUUAGUUGUUUUGCUUCUAGAACAUCUAUUAACAGCUCAACUAUUACAUUACCUAAAAGUAACUUCAAAAAUAUGCCCCAUUACAACAAUUUCAUGAUGAUUUUAUAGUGAGUGAGCAGAAUUUCUUAAAUAUAAUAACAAAAUUAAGACACUAGCAUAAGUAGUUAGAGAAUUAGAAAAAUUAGGAAAAAGUCAGUCAGUCGCCAUAGAGGAGGCGGUGGUGGCCGAGUGGAUAUGACGUCCGACUUUCAAUCCGGAGGUCGUGGGUUCAAAUCCUGGCUCGUACCAAUGAGUUUUUCGGAACUUAUGUACGAAAUGUCAUUUGAUAUUUACCACUUGCUUUUCGGUGAAGGAAAACAUCGUGAGGAAACCUGCACACAUCUGCGAAGAAAUUCAAAGGUGUAUGUGAAGUCCCCAAUCCGCAUUGGGCUAGCGUGGGGACUAUAGCCCGAGCCCUCUUGCACAUGAGAGGAGGCCUGUGCUCAGCAGUGGGACGUAUAUAGGCUGAAUUAUUAUUAUUAUUAGUCGCCAUAGACUUCACAUUCUACUAAUAUGCUACUAUUGGGACAGUUUUGCUCCUAAGUGUACAUUGAUAAUUUCGAGUGACAGGUACAUACGCCAGUUAAGUAUUUAAAUAUCUGGGAGACCGAGCUUCGCUCGGAAAACAUAUAAAAACUCAAAAAUGCGCGUUUUCCCAGAGAUAAGAAUUAGCUAGAUUGUUUUUUUGCCCCCAAAAACCCCCAUAUAGCAAAUUUCAUAGAAAUCGUUAGAGACUUGCUCGCUUCAGGGUCAUAAGAUGUGGGGUAACCACACUUCGGGACUUUAAAUAUUUAAGUAGAAAAUUUGCGAUAAUAAAAUAAAGCUAAUGUUAAUAACAGGGUAUAUUAUUAGGCAUUAACUGAGCCACAUUCAAGUGUUUUGUAUUACCAAUUUGAAGUCACCCUGUAUAAGCUAAUGGAAUACAAGGAAAAACGUGAAGAAAUUAUUCCAUAAAUAUUAUUUACUGUGCACACGGGCUCAAUAUGCAGUAUUAUUGUUGACAUCUCUCGGCACAGUCGUGAGUCCGUGCGAUAUGAAUAUCACUGGUGCUGUGAGCAUGCUAGUAGCACUGGUGCUGGUGCUGGUGGCACGUGCCGGGGCUGCUGGAGCCCACUCCGACCAUGACAACACGAGGAGCGGCAGUGGCGCCGCGGGACCUGAGGCUGCUGGCCGGGCCGGCGCGCGCCCGUGCACAGAGGACCAACGACCGAAGAUAACAACAAGUGCAUUCAUCAAAUUACCACAAGGUGUUUACAAGACAUCAUAUGGAGAAGAUAUAAAUAUAUAUUGUUAUUCUUCUAAAAACUUUUCGAACCUUGAAAUUACACAAAAUGGUACAUCGCUACAAAUUCUUCCUGUUAACGCGACCACUGUUCGGUUUUGUGCGAAUAAACCAAAUAUAGGUGUAUACACUUAUAGGUGCGUGAAUAUGGAGAGCGACAGUGGUUGUGAAUCAUUCCAUUCUGUGGCUGUUGUAGUACACCCCACAAUGUCUGUUAUGUCACGAAGUGUUAUGACAUAUUUUUCUGAAGUCAUUCACACACAGAUAUACUAUGUGCCGUUUGGAGAAGAAUAUGAGGUGGUCUGUAGUAGCCAUGAUACCACAUCUCUUCAUAUUAUCGAUUUCAAUAAUAAACGGAUGCCACGACAUUCCGUCAACAAUACGUCGAUAACCUACAAGACGCGGGCGGCGGACCAGGAAGUAUUAAGAUGGAAAUGCUCGUAUGAAGGCAUAUCAGUAACGGAAAUAGUAGUUGUUGUCAUAGACUAUUACCCAAAGAGUGAUUAUUUUCAUUGCCUAAUACGUGACUGGCGAAUACUGGACUGCAUCUGGAGCUAUCCUACACGUGACGGUUUUACAUAUAGUUUAUUUUAUAUAGGUCACGGAAAUGACACCAAAGGCGCGACAAUGCUCCACUAUAAAAUGCCAGGUGCAAAGAUAAAUACGUUUAAUGAAGAUAUUACAUUAAGAGGGCAUAAAUCAUUUACUUUUAACCAGACAUUUUCAUUAUUAGUCAUGACUUGCUUUAAAGAGUUAUGUGUUAAUGAAACAUUUAAUUACAAUAUUAACUCGCUUAUAGAGCUAAAAUGGCAUUGGGCCCCAGGAGUAAUACGCACAAGUCCUCACAAUGUUGUUCUCAAUUUGUACAGCCCACGGUAUCCAUCUGCUUAUCAUAUUUUUUGCGAUACUUGUAUAUACAAAGUGGAGAUGAGGAUAAAUUCAUCAGUCACAGAUGGAUGGCGACAGGCGGACACGUCGUCUGUGCGCUGCAAUUACAACUUGCUUCCUUUUCAUUGCCGUUUUACAUUACCCCUCCCGUACCCGGACUCCGAGUACGAGGUGCGGGUUUCCGCGAGACAUAGGGACUCAGUAGACGACAGGUUGUGGUUAGACCCUCGCUCGAUAUAUGUCCGCACGAAGCCCCGAGCAGCGUGCGCAUGUAACGCGGGCAACGCGGUGCUCCAGACACCAGCAGGGCCCACUGUCCCCUCUGAGGCCUGUAAAGCUUGUACACAUACAGAACAGAUUGUUAAUGAGAGCUUCGCUUUAAAAAACCGAAUAAAUUCCUUAAGGGAAAAGCUUCAUACAAUUAAUGUGUUGUCGGAGAUCCAAAAACUAAAAGAUAAAAUAAAGAAAUCAGGGUAAAAUAUAUGUGCGUACAUAAUUAGGUAACUAAUUGCAUUUCUUAGUUGCAUAUUUUUAAUCUUUUCAAUGGUCCCUGAAUGAUGAACUAUUGAAAUUUUCAACGAAGUAAAGUAUUAUUUUAUUUGUGGAACACAUGUUAUACAGUUUAGAUCUUAUAUAAUACUAAUUAUAUAACUCUGUGUUUUACCUAUUGGCAAAUGUUCAAACUUAAAAAUUAUUGUAACUCAGUUUGUUAUGAAUUAGUUCUUGCAAUGAAAUAAGCAUAUUGUAAUAUAAUAACAUCAUAUUAAACAUUCAAAUAAAAGCAAAAUCAAUUUAAAAAGUAUUUAUUACAAAUAAAAUAAAAUCAUUAUAUUAAAUGGACAAGUUAUAUAAUUAGGUGCUUUAGGUGUCUUCAAGAAAAUCAUUUAUGGAGUAAUAGCAUUUAUUUAUUUUCACGUCAGCAGCUCGAACAAGGGUAAUUUGCUGCUUAAAAACAGUGAGCAAAAUUGCAUUUUGCUCACCGAGUGAGACAAAAUAACAUUAAAUUGACCGUUAUAUUCGAAUGUCAUUUCAACGUGCGGGGCCUAAUACAAGUUCGAAGUAUUUGGAUUCUAUUGUCUUUGUCCCUUUCACGUCAUUAGCAAAAAGAAAGAAACAAAAAAGUGCAUACGUAAUUCAACGGUAUAUUGACGGUUUAUACUAGACCCCCGAAAUAAGUCAGACCGCAUCGUUCCAAAGCACCCUACGAGUCUUCAUUCGUAAUAAUUAAUUAAUGAAAUAAAAGUUUACGUAUUUUAUUAUACAAUCAAAACAAUGAACUUAUACAAAUUUACGCAAUUGUUACGCAGUAAAUAAUUCUACUUAACUACUUUUAACGAUCUCUACUAUAGUUGACAAAUAGUAGUAUCCGCAAUUCGGACCGGAUCUUACAAAGUUUUUUUUUACAAAAAAAAGUUGUCGAUAAUAAAUAUUAAAACAUAAUAAAUAAAAAUAUUGGUAUAACAGCCGGGCCGCCUUGGCAUUGCUUGCUACGGUGGUCUGUACUGACACAUACCUGUGUCCUCUGUAGAACCGUGCAUCAGUAGAUAAUGUUUUUAUGUUAGUAUUCAGCGUCCAUAAGCACUCCAGUAUACGCCAUUUAUUAUUUUGUAAUUAAAUAAAAAUCAUUUAUUUCGGACGACACAAUCCAUAUUUUGUUAGUUACAAAUAUACUUAAAUUACUAUGUUAGUACCUAAACUAAGAUGUUGGGAGGUCCAGUGCCUAAUUAAUGCACUGUCCCAUCUCCCUGCCACAACGGCCAGGAGACUGUGGCGGCUGUCGCCCACUCUUCGGAGCGUCGCGGCGCAGCGCUUGCGCAGCGUCACGUGGAAACCAUCCACAUGCGCGUCGGCGAACAUGCCCGACGCACUGCAGUAUCGCGGCAGCCGCAACAGUACCUAAUAGUAGUAAUUAUUGUACGUAUCUCAACUCAAUCCGUUUGCCGGACAUUCGAUAAACGAGCGUAUCUUUCCGUCGACUACAGAACACCACCUGUCGUUGACUGCUGGAACUAAAAGCCAUCUGCUUUAACGAUGAAAUUAAUAAUACAAAUACGUUUAUUUCAUUACUUUUUACAGCAAUUCAUAGGUACAAAUAUGUAUUAAGUAGGUAGGUAAGUAGUCCAUCUUAGGUACAAGGUGUAGGUAAGUAUUUAUCUCAACAAUGUGCAACAAUUUGAUUGUGUAAGUAAUGAAAAAGGUGCGCGUACAGCUUGCUGGAUUUAAACCCGCCCUUGGUCAGCUAACUGAAGAGGUAGAUUGGUGCAGGUACUAUUUAACAUACGCUCUCGUGUGCUGAAUUUCCCGCAGACGGAAUUGGUCACAUUGAUUUUUAACUAACCUACUUUUAACUCGUAAAGUGAUAGUCAUUUUAUUUUCACCACACCAACUGGUAAAGGCUCUCUUGAUUGUCUCUCUCGAAUGAGAGAGCAUUUUAUCCACAUGUGGGGCAAAGUAACCUAAUGCAAAUUUUGAGUAGUUUCCUUAUGUUGGCUGGUAAAAUUGACUUUUAAAUCAUAAAUAUUUAAUAAUAUUUUACAGUUAGUAUUUUCCUUGUGAUGGUGUGGUGAAAAAUGUGUUACACUUUGUUGCAAAACCUCGCAACGCUCAAGAUUCCAUUUUUCGAAGUACUAGUUACGCUCGUGGUUCAAUUUUGUAAUCUUUCACUUGCGCGGGUAUCAAUAUUACCACGAGAGGUUAAACAACAACUGCCCUCUUGUAAAACAAAUAACUAUUAAUUUCUCGACUAACAUUUUGUAUUGAAGUAAAAAUGUUACAACUUAUCAAAAUACGGCAUGUUUAAUUUAAUUGGACCUGGGUGAUGUAGCUUAAUAUAAACAUAUAUAGGCUUGGUAACCCAGGUUAUGUUUUUUAGGUAUUAAUUUUAGUUUUGUAGGUUUUAUUUUAGGUGACAUUUUAUUCUAAAUUUGUUAUUAUUUAAGUGUAUUUAGUUUUGAUAAAUCUCUCCUUCUUUUUAUGUCCAAAUACUGCAGAUUCUACUGUAUUUUUAAACCAAUAAUUUGUUUGUGUUCUUGUUUAAGAGGAUGUUAUCGUUUUUUUCGCAAAAAUGUCAAAUUGAUAGAUUUAGUCAAUGUAAUUGUACACCUUUUGUUAACUAUAAGAAAUAACAAGUACAGUACCCCUAGUGUAAAUUUAGUCGAUAGCGAAACGUGACGUACGCGUUUGCGUUAAGUCUCAUUUUGUAUGGGUUUUUAAACAGCGCGCCAAGCGGGACGUUUUGGAAAGUCAAAAAUCUCAUACAAAAUGACACUUAACGCAAACGCGUACGUCACGUCACGUUUCGCUGUCGAAAAUAUUUACACUAGGGGUACUGGUAUCUAUUAGCACGUCUUGUUAUCUUUCAUUUUAAUAGAUCAUUUUAUUGACAACAGAGUCAAUUAAAUAGUAGAUUUUUUCGUGAUGGACGUUUAGGUUAACGUGCGUAAUGCACUGAUUUUGUCAAUCUUAUUUGUAAAUUUCGUAAAGCUUGGACUGCUAAAAAAUGUAAUGUUGUAAAUAAGUAUUACACAUAACCUGUACUUCAACUUUAAUAGACUACAUUUUUGUUAUAAAUUUGAAGUAGUGUAAAUGAAAGUUAGGCAAAAUCAAUUUUCUCCAGAAAUGACUUCAAAACAAGUGACAAAUUCUCUGCAAAUUGACUUAAUUUUAACGUAGUUUUGAAACUUAAACAAUCUACAACUUUUGCUGAAACUGUUCUUAUACAUCAAUGUGUAUAAUUUAUCACCAUAGUUUUUUUAUGAAUUUUAAAAACUGUCCCUUCUCGUCACAUAUUACCGGGGACGCACGCUUGCGACCUCAUUAUUAAAAGGCAACUGAAAAAACGUGCUAAUAGAAACCAAUACUUGUUAUUUAGAUAUUACGUAACAAAAGGUGUACAAUUUCAACGACUAAAUAUAUCAAUUUUACAUUUUUGCUCCGAAAUCGUUACCGGGCUCUUAACUUUGAUCGAUAUUUUAUAAGUUUAUAACUAUUUGUAAACUGUGUUAGAAACUAUGAUAGUACCUUUGUAUGGUUAAGGAUUUUUAUAUCUGUACCAUUUCGUACCUCGUCAGUGACAACAGCAUGCGAUCCCUAGCGGAUUUCAUUAUAUAUUUACGUCACUGUAACGAGGUAGGUACAAAAUGAUAAUUAAUUUCCUGGACUGUACCUACUCUUAUACAUUUUAAUUAGGUAAUGUUACAUGUAAUUAUUUCGAAGUGUCAAGGAAAAUAUAAAUGGGUAUACACAUGUUCCUUAUACAUAGUUUCGUUGGAACUAAUUUUAACCGACAAAAAUAUUGGUCUUACUAAACUAAGUUUCCCACGGGACCGAUAUGAAAAUCGUGAUUUUUUUUACCCCUGAUCCCAUGCGUUGUCUGAGCCCUCAAGGUGUCCAUUAGAUUUUUUUUCGCGAUUUUGUGGCUAGUCCCAAGACCUUGUUCAGUAUGACCAUCUCAAUACAUUUUUGAUAUUCGGGAUCACGACCCCAAAAUCACCCAGUAGUUGUGUUAUUUUAUUUUCACACCAUUUUUAGUAUUUUAGUGCAUUUUUCAUUUUCCUUCAAUCCCGUUCGCAGUGAGGUACGUUAAGGAUACAUACAUCUGUAUUUAAAUAUGUAACCAAAAAUUUACUGUACUUUUCGCUUCAUGUAUGUUUGUGUGUGUGUUUUUCUUUUGGUAAAAAUGUCUAAGUAAUUUACUAGAUAGUGUUUCAUAGGUAUAAUUAUUUUUAAGUUUCUAUGAAAUAUUGAUUGUUUUCAUGCACGUAUUCUGUUUAUACAGUUGUACCUUAGUUUUGCAUAUUAUAUGACAUUUUAUUUUUAGACCAUUUUUGGCGUUUUACAUAGAAUAUUCUUAUGUAGAUGUUGCUAUAUGCCUCCCUUAGACGUGGAAACAAAAAAAAAGUAUGUAAAAGUUGUCAUGGGUCGGGCGGGCAUCGGUAGCUCAGUCAGUUAAUCUGAUCGGAGCGGUGUUCUGAGAGAUAGCGAGUUCAAAUCUCGGCCUAAGA